CUGCUAAGAAAAAAGUUGGCAAUAUUUGUAAAAAAGCAUCUUUACAGUUUUAGAUAAAUCUGAAAAAUAAAAAUAUUUUGUAUUGAUUGAACAAGAAAAACUCAAGUCACUACUUUUUUUCAAUUUGAUGAUAUAAUUUGAAUUUAUCGAUACUCCAAACAAUACAAUUCAAGUUUUCAAAAAUUCAAAUUUCAAUACUAUAGUAUGAUAAACAUGUUCAAUAGAAUCUUUUAAAACAAUAUUAAUAAUUUGCUAGAAUUAAGUCUAUUAUCUUGUUUUAAUCUUGUAAAUGGAUCAAAGCAAAAAGAUCUAGAUCACAUAUCGAUAUUUUCUCAAUAUUUUCUUUUCGUUGUUCGACUGUUUUUAACAUAACCUUAAAAAAAAGACUAGUUUAGUUGUGUUUCAACUACCAAGUACUGUUUUCGUUCAGUAAAAGUAAAUGUUUAAUAAUAAGUAGAAUAACUUAACUUGAAACUACACAUUAUUUACAGGCUUUUUUAAUUGUUGCAAUAACAAUAUGCGAUUGUCUCUGUCAUUUUUCUAUCAUGAAUUUAGUAAACCAAAGAACCGAUUACCUUUGGGCUUUAAGGGCCCUAAAGGAAAUAUCUACAAAGGAAAGCACCGAAUAGUAAGAAAGGUUACGAAUGAAGGUGUGAAAGAUUUGGAAGAGAACAUUAAAAUUGAAGAGAAGAAUAUGUAUUUCCUGAGACAUCCGUACUUGACAUUUGAGCAAUCGAAAGGCCAUGCCCAACAUUUCGACAAGACCGUUAAAUGGCUGAAGAGCUUCCAAGUGAGAACCGACGAGAAGUUCUCAUCGAAACGAGGCCGAGAAGUUACUCAGUAUCUUAACAAAUUCAUGAGUCGAUCAGAGGAUUGGGAUAGAAUAGAAUAAUCAUAGUUAUUAUACUUUCAACACAGAUGUUUGAUGUUAGUAGUUUUUGUUUGUACCAAUUUAUUUCAGUAAAUUACUAUUAGGAAUCCUUCA